CACGUCCGGCGGCGGGAGAGCGGCGCGGAGGAGGUGCGGAGCGCGUCGGCCUUGGGCGGCUCUCAGAGUGCGACGUCGCGAGAGGCUGCGGCAGGGCCUCCGUAGAGAAGGCAGGAGUCUGACAGCUUCCGUCCAGGCCAGCAGCGGUGACAGCCAUCUGGAGUCAUGAGCGACAGCGGCGAGCAGAACUACGGCGAGCGGGUUAAUGUUGAAGAAGGAAAAUGCGGAAGUCGUCAUUUGACAAGUUUUAUAAAUGAGUAUUUGAAGCUCAGGAAUAAGUGAAGCUGAAAUUUGAAAAAAUAAAAGAAAGAAUGCAUGCUAAUUAUCAGACCAGAAGUCCCACUUGUAGAAUAUUGAGCAAUUUGUGUGAAGUGGGGAAGAUGAAAGAAGUCAGAAUUUGAAACGGAAGAAUGAAGAAAAGAAAUAAAAAUGAAGUUAAGAUAAGAAGUAAUCUGGAAUCAGAAAGCACUACGCUAAGUAAUUACUAGUCUGUUUAUGUGUCCCUGUAUAUUUUGCUAAACAUGCAUGCAUUAUUUGUUUAAUAGAAGAAAAUAUAUACAGGGUAAAGAAGUGACUUCCAAGGGAAUCGUUUAAAUUAGGAAUCCCGUUCUGCUUCCAGAAGUGGAAGUGCUCACGGAUCCGGGAAAUCUGCACGGCACACCCCUGCAAGGUCUCGCUCCAAGGAAGAUUCAAGACGUUCUAGAUCAAAGUCACGGUCCAGAUCUGAAUCUAGGUCUAGAUCCAGAAGAAGUUCUAGAAGGCAUUAUACAAGGUCACGAUCGCGAUCCCGCUCCCAUAGACGAUCUCGGAGCAGGUCUUACAGCCGAGAUUAUCGCAGGCGGCACAGCCACAGCCAUUCUCCCAUGUCCACUCGAAGGCGUCAUGUUGGGAAUCGGGCAAAUCCUGACCCCAACUGUUGUCUUGGGGUGUUCGGAUUGAGCUUGUACACCACAGAAAGAGACCUGAGAGAAGUGUUCUCUAAAUACGGCCCCAUUGCUGAUGUGUCUAUUGUGUAUGACCAGCAGUCUAGACGCUCAAGAGGAUUUGCCUUUGUAUAUUUUGAAAAUGUAGAUGAUGCCAAGGAAGCUAAAGAACGUGCCAAUGGAAUGGAGCUUGAUGGACGUCGAAUUAGGGUCGAUUUCUCUAUCACAAAAAGGCCCCAUACCCCAACACCAGGAAUUUACAUGGGGAGACCUACUUAUGGCAGCUCACGCCGCCGCGAUUAUUAUGACAGAGGAUAUGAUCGGGGUUAUGAUGACCGGGACUAUUACAGCAGGUCAUACAGAGGAGGUGGUGGAGGAGGAGGCGGAUGGAGAGCUGCUCAAGACAGGGAUCAGAUUUACAGAAGGCGGUCACCUUCUCCUUACUACAGCCGUGGAGGAUACAGGUCACGUUCCAGAUCGCGAUCAUACUCACCUCGUCGCUAUUAAAGCAUGAAGUUGAAGACUUUCUGAAACCUGCCAUAGAGCUGGGAUAUUGUUUGUGGACAAUAUUUUCUAUUGUCUCCUGUUUAAAAAGUGAACAGUGCCUAGUGAAGUUAGGUGACUUUUACACCUUUUUUGAUGACUACUUUUGGUGGAGUUGAAAUGCUGUUUUCAUUCUGCAUUUGUGUAGUUUGGUGCUUUGUUCAAAGUUAAGUGUUUUCAGAAAAGUAUGUUUUGCAUGUAUUUUUUUACAGUCCAAAUUUUGACUGCUGAGAAGUUUCUAUUGUACAAAACUUCAUUUAAAAGGUUUUUCUACUGAAUCCAGGGUAUUCUGAAGAUCGAAGCCUGUGUGUAAAAUGCUACCAAAUGGCAAAAAGCAACAAUAAACAAGUUUGAUUUUUUUACUUUUCUUUCUAAAUAUCAAUGCUUAACCAUUCUUAAGUUUCCAGUAAAAUAUUUUAAAAUAAAGAUACUUGUUUUCUUUCGGGAGUCCAUGAAACUUGCCAUAUUCAAUAUACUUGCAAUUAAGUGUUAAAAAUAACGCUGUAACUCUGUGCUGCUAGUAUUAGAACAAAAAUCUUUCCAUACAGCAAAUGCUUAAUGCUUACAUUAAUGUGGAUUUGUCAGCCUUUAUGUAUUCUGUAUUAUAUAGAGCAGGGAAUAAGAGCUUCAGAUACAUGUCUUUAAAAGGCUGUUUGUUACAAAAGAGAUAAUGGUAUUUCAACUAAUUAUCAACAAGUGACGACAAUACAUUCCACCACAAAUGUACUUUUGUUCUUCUAGCUUAGACUAUAUGGAAAUACUGGGUGCUUCAAAGUUUGGAAUGAGAGGAGGGAUCACCACACCUGUGUCAUGGAUGAACUGAUGAAGACUGCCUGUUCAUUUUUUAAAUAUUAUUUUCAGGUCCUUUGCUUACCAGAGGAGGCCCAAUUCACUCAAAUGUUUUGAGAACUGUUUAAAUAAAGGCAAAGAGAAAAAUUGCUAAUGCAA